UGGGGUAACAGUUUAUAUUGGCGACGUUUGUCGAAUAGUUUAUCAAUCCGAUUGCGUCGAUCGGAUAGAAAAUACAUUGGUUUACGUUCUGAAAUACAAAAGGCAAAGCAAAAGAAGGAAACAACAUACACAAACACAUAAAUAUGAGUGGCUUAUGGAGAGUUUUUCUGGUGACCUGUCUACUUGACGUCGGCUUAUCUUAUCCGGCAAAGGAGCAGGCUGGCAAAAUGUACGUCUCGAAGACGAAGAUGUCGGAUCUUGAGUCGUCCGCAAGCGGCUACGUCUACAAAAACCUCCCUGCGUCAAAGUACGCUGAAAUAAUAAACGAGGGACUGCGAGAGUUCGAGGAGGCGCCCGCUGCAGCUCCGGCGAAAAAAUCAGCCAAAAAGGAGUUCGUUCUGCUCCCUUCAAUUCAGCUGGAGCCUGAUGCAGAGAUGCUGCCAGCUCAUUACACGAGGGUUGAACCACCGGGCGUCGACCACAUGGAGAUAUCGUUCCAGGAUCCGGAAGCCUUGGGUUCGUACAGAAGUUCGCUGAUCGAGGGAACGCCGGAGGCGGACGCGGCGCCCGCCGCCUUCGCGAAGACCGGGGAGUUCCAGGAGGGGGCCGGGAAGCAAUACGCCGCGGAGAAGCACGCGGCCGAGGGAAAGAAGGGGGAGAAGGGCUUUAAGAAGGCUGAGGAAUUCGAGGAGGCCGUCAAGGGUGAGCACGACAACGAGAAUCACAAGGGGAGCUACGCCGAGGCGGCCGGCAAGAAGAAGGCCUACGAUGAGACCGAGAAGCACUACGCGGGGCACAAGGAUUCGGCAGAGGCGGACAAGGGCGCGAGCUACGAGCUGGAGGGCCACCACGAAAAGGGGCACAACAACGCCGGCUUCCACAACGUCUAUCACAAGGACGAAUACAAGAAAGAUUCAGACUUCUACGACAAGGAUCACAGGGGAGGCAAGUUCAGGAAGCACGGUCACUACGGUGAGAAGCACACCUCGGCUGAGGGUGGAUUCAAGAAGGGCGGAAACCACGACUCGGGAUACGCCGAGGCUGACGAAGCCAAGGAGGGUGAAUUUGCCAAGGGGCACGAGAGAGAGGCGAAGAAGGGGCACGCCGCAAAGCAGGGGUACGGCGGGUUCUUUGGAAAUUUCGAGGAGUUCGCCAAAAAGGGCGGCGCCGCCGAAGCGAAGAAGUACGGCUUCAGCAGCGGCGACAGCGCGAAGGAGUCUCGCUGAUGUUAAUUAGCACUACGAUUUGUGUACAGUAGUAUUAUAGUUUCUCAUUAAUCUGCGGUAGGACCCACAAUACGAUGAUCAGCCUGCUAAAUUUGUAUUUAUUUAUGGAUGCAAUUAUACAUUUCGACAGCAUGCUCUAUAUCUGUUAGAUAAUAAAAUAAUGGUUUGAAUAC